AAAAGUUUCAGUUGCAGUUGCAUUUAUAUCACACACAAACAGAUCUAGAGAGGAUGGCUUGUGUAGCUGUAGCUUCUCUUCUGAGAACAAUAGAGCUUGAGUUCUUACAAUAUCACCCUCGUCCACUUGUACAGUACAAUCAUCUCAUCCCUUUCAACAAAGAAUUGAUCCAAUCUUUCCACCAAAAGCUUGGAUUUCUCAUAAGUCAGCACGAUGAGGAAAGAAUCGAUGGUGUUGAAGCAGUUAAACGCUUGGAAACCAAGCUCAGGGAUUUAGCUUACAGAGUGGAAGAUGAAAUCGAAAUCCUAGUAGCACAUCUUUAUGAUGAAGAGGUCGAUGAUGAAUAUUUAGAUGGAAUAGCAGAUCUCUUUGUGGAAGAGGAAGAUGAACUCCGAGUAGAAGAUCUGUAUGUGGAAAAACCACAGAGGGACACAGAUGCGGAGAAGACUCAGCCUUGUGUGAAACUUGGUCAAGUUUUUCAAACUGCAAUGGAAGAAAUUGAAGUCAUCAAGGAAGAGUUGGUAAAAAUCAAGACAGAAGGAAGAAAGACAGCCCAUGAUGUUCUACAAAGGUCUCAAGUUAUUUCCUCCCAGCAUGCUUCACACUCCAAGGAAGAAAUGGUCGGGAAAAAAGACGAGUUUGAGAUAAUCAAGAAGCUGCUAAUUGAACUUGGAUCUAAGGAAAAAAAAGUUGUACCAAUUAUAGGUAUGGGAGGAAUCGGUAAGACAACUUUAGCCAGACAAGUUUAUGAAGAUGCAUCAGUUUCUAUCCACUUUGACGUGCGAGGCUGGGUUGUUGCAUCACAGCUUCACAAUAAGAGGCAAAUGCUUGUAAGUCUUCUUAAUUCAAUUUCCAAACAAGGCAACCUAGAAAACUCCACUGAUGAGGAUGUUGCUUUAAAACUCUACCAAUGUUUAAAGCGUCAAAGGUACAUGGUUGUGGUUGAUGAUGUGUGGAGUGGUGAGGCAUGGGAUGAUGUUAGCAAUUGCUUUCCUGAUGAUGGAAAUGGGAGUCGAGUAUUGUUAACUACUCGCCACGCAGUUGUGGCAAAUUAUACUAGCUUUGACAAUGACUUUUCUCAUCAUAUGCAAUUAUUGGAUCAAACUGAUAGUUGGAAUUUAUUUUGUGAAAAGGCAGGCAUAUCUAGUGGUGCUGAAUUUGAGAUAAUCGGGAGGCCAAUUGUUGAAAAAUGCAAAGGAUUGCCUCUUGCAAUAACUGUGGUUGCCGGGCUGUUCUCCAAACUCAACACACUAAAUGAGUGGGAGAGUAUUGCAAAAGCUCUAGAUUCUUCUACAACAACAACUAUUGCGGCAACAUGUUCAAAAAUACUUUCUCUGAGCUACCAUCACUUGCCUCACCACUUAAAGGCAUGCUUUUUAUAUUUAGGGAUUUUUCCAGAAGAUAGGGAGAUCAAAGCUAAUGAGCUUUCAAGGUUAUGGUCUGCGGAAGGACUUGUAAAGGCAUCCAAGAAUGAAAACUUUGAUGUAGUGGCUAAAAGGUAUAUUCAAGAACUUAUGGAUUGAAACCUAAUUCUUGUGAGCAAGUGGAGUUGUUGUGGAAGAAAAAUCAAAGUGUUUGGGAUGCAUGAUUUAUUGCAUGCCUUUUGUGUGAAAGAAGCUCAAAAGGAGAACCUUCUGCAUGUUAUUGGAGAAAGUGGUUCAGAUUUUCCUCAAAGAUGCUUCCGUUGGGUAAGCAUACAAUCAUCAAAUUUUGAUGCGUCUACACUAUCUUAUUCAUCAAGAAGCUGUCGGUCCAUCUUCUGUUUUUCAGAAUGCAGAAGCUUAAAUAUGAAACAGUUCAAGCUA